AUGUUCCUACUCGCCAGUAUUGCACUCCUCAUUGCUGCCAACUCUCUUGUCGGAGGACAAUCACAACAGGAUCUUCCACCGUUCCUUCAGGGUGCUUCCCCUGCUACAGUAAAGGAAUUCGAAAAGUUGUUGAUGGGUGCCGAAAACAUGACUCAAAGCCAACUUGAUGCAGCAAUUAAUAACUGGGUUAACAAGCAGGAUGCGAGAAUCCAGAGCGCCUUCAAACAAUUUUUGAAACAAGUGAAGGAUGCUCAAGCCCAAGGAGAAGCAGCUCACAAGGCAGCCGUUGCAAAAUUUAGUGCCGAAGCGAAGAGGGCCGAUGCUCAACUAACCGCCAUCGCUAGUCAUCCCAGCAAAACGAACCGACAAAAGGGUAUGGAAAUUCAAGCCCUUCUUGCGUCGCUUCCACCAGGUGUUCGCGCGGAAAUAGAACAAGCUAUGAGAGGCUAA